AUGACAACAAAGGAACCUACUAAUAAUCAACCAAUACAACAAAUAACAACAUAUAAUAAUGUACAACCACAGCAAAUGGUGUUAUUAAAUGGCGCUCAAAAUCAACGAGUGCCUUAUAAAUUAGCAAACCCAAUUCCGAUCAAUCCUUUAAAUCUCCAACCAGUAAAUGCACCAACUGCAGGUGGACAAUAUUAUUUUAUAGUACAGCCUCAAGUGCCUUCAGGGCAACAAAUUAUGAUGAAUGGGGCUCAAUUGGUACCAAUUUCUGGUGCACAAACGAUAACGAUAAAAACAGAAAAUUGUGGAGAUCAAAGUAUCAUUCAGACGACGGGUGAUCAACAAUUUAUACCACAGUCAAUUAUUAUUCCACCACAUAUUAUGACUCCAACAACUUCGAAUUCAAUGGACAUAAAUAAUAGUAAUAUGACUGUAAAUAUGGGAAUAAAUUCUAAUAUGCAUCAAUUAAUGUCUAAUCAAGUUAAUUCAAAAGAUAAUCCAAUAGAAAAUUCUCAUCCUAAUUCAAUUUCUCAAUUAACACCAUUAGAAAAUUAUCAUCCUGAGGAACAACAAAUUUCUCAAAAUGGGUUAAUGGCAAAUGAUAUUGUAAAUGUGCAAUCUCAAGACAUUUCAAAACAAGACGAUCUUAAUCAAAUGAGAAUUACAUUAGGCAAUUUACAAUUUCAACAAGAUCCAAAUGAUCCUCAGAAAUGGAUAGUUAUAACAGAGGGUCAAAAUGGACCUUCAUCUGGUGUAAUUCAGCAAACAUUGGUUUCAAAUGUUAUAGAAGCAAUGAAUAAUGGUUCAUCAUCUACCUCAGAAUGUCCUUCACCUUCUAGUAUGAGUAUGAAAGAUAGUAGUUAUAAUUCAUCUACUAAUCGUUCUGCCAAAAGAGCAUCAGGAAAACGGGUGCCAUGUGAGUGUCCAAAUUGUCAAAAAAAUGCAAAUGUUCCUAGAGAAGAAAAAGUAGCAGGGCAUUUAUGUCAUCUUUGUGGUAAAAAAUACUCAAAAGUUAGUCAUCUGAAGUCUCAUUUACGUGCACAUUUUAAUGAUCGUCCAUAUGUUUGUGAUUGGCCAAAUUGUCCCAGAAAAUUUACUAGGAGUGACGAACUUCAAAGGCAUAGACGUAUCCAUACGGGUGAGAAGAAAUUCUUCUGUAAUGUAUGUGGAAAAGGCUUUAUAAGAAGUGAUCAUAAAAGUAAACAUAGUAGGGUUCAUGAUAAAAAAGGUGAGACAUCACGAAGUUUGGGAAUUCUUGAAGAAGCGUCCAUGCAUAUUUAA